AUGGUAUACCAUCGUUCAUUAUGUUAUAGUAUUUUUAAAUUAAAUUUUUUUGAAAAAAAUGAUUCAGCCAAUUGCCAAGAUGUCAACGUGUACGGAAAUGAAAAGGAAAUACGUUGUUAUCCAUUAUUGCUAAAUUAUGGGCAUGAUUGUUGUCAAAAUGCCCAAAGUAGAAAUUGUCAAACAGGCAUCCAUUAUGGUUUACGACAAUGUUUGAAGUUAGACACGUGGAUAUUUGAUAAUGACCAAGACUUUCAAGAACGGAAUAAAUAUAUUCUAUCGAGAAAACGAGGAGCUGGUUAUUGGUUAUGGAAACCGUACAUUAUUUCAAAAGAGCUUUAUCAUGCUCGCGACGGCGAUAUUAUUAUUUAUUCAGAUGCUGCUGUCGAUUUUAUUGCCAAUGUAUCUUAUAUGCUUAAAUUGGUAGAACAGCAAGAUAUUAUUCUCUUUGAAGUUCCAGGAAAAGAAUCGCAAUAUACAAAACGUGAUACGUUUGUGAUAAUGAAUGCUGAUGAACUACAAUUUACAAGUUCAACAUGCACUGCUGCAUCAUAUAUUAUAGUUAAAAAAAGUUGGAAAUCUACACGAUUCAUUAAUGAAUGGUUAACAUAUGCUCAAGAUUCUCGUGCGAUUACUGACGAUAAAAAUUUGUUGGGUAAAGAUAACUAUGAUGAUUUUCUUGAUCAUCGGCAUGAUCAAUCUAUUCUUAGUUUAUUAGUUAAAAAAUGGAAAUUAUUAACGUUUCCCGAUCCCAGUCAAUUUGGUGACAGACAAUCGAAACCCGAUGACGAUGAAUUUUUGCCUGUAUGUGGUGAUUUUGAUCAGAGACAAUAUAGGGUGUAA